UUCGUGGCCUAACCAGUGCCAGUCUUGUUGAUCUUAGAGCUUGGACCGGCCGGGCAGAGAAGAGUCUCUUCGUUUUUUGAACCGACUGUCUCUCUAAACUUCUAACGUGUGUACGAUUUCAAAUUCCGCCGCGUGAACAAUUCAAGCGCAUUCUCCUUUUCCCUCGUCAUAUUUCCGAUUGGAUACUUAAAAAUUAAAGAAAAACAGUUUCUCAUGUGUCGCAUUUGAUGGACCCGGAGUGUAGUGGAAAACGACACACAUUUAGGCCUGCAAUUUUUCACGCCUGAAAUAAAACAAGUUUUUGCUAUAAUUAAAGGCCUCAGUCGCAGUGUAUGAUAUCGAGUGGACUGUCAUCGUCGCCGCGAUGCUGUCGUCUGCAUCUUCAGUGGGCGCCAGCACGGGAUCUUCUUCAGCGUCCAACACGUCAUCAUCGACUAAUAUGCAACAUCAUCACACGUUCUUCGAUCACCAUCAAAACCAUCAUCAUCAUCACGCCUACUAUCGGCAUCAUCACGCAGCUGCGGCAGCAGCAGCAGCCGCCGCAGCCGCCGCCGCCGUCGCCGUCGGGGUCCAAUCGAGUGGCAAUUCGAGCAGCACGGCCAACACUUCCUCAGCUCAUCAGACUCCAUCGGCGUGUCAAUCGCCGGCUUUAUCGACAUCAGCCAGUUCGGCCAAUGCCACUGGGUACGUGACAGGUAUCAACGGAAGCGCCGGCUACGAUUACGCGGCCGCAAUGAGCCGAUACAACCCGUACGCGGCCAGCUCGGCGGCGUACAUCGGCAACGCGUCAGCCUCCGCAUCGGCCGGGAUGAACGGCAGCACGUCGGUCAUGUCGCACCACUCUGGCGUCGGAGUCAAGGACAUGGUGAAGCCGCCCUAUUCGUACAUAGCGCUGAUCGCCAUGGCCAUCCAGAGCGCGGCUCCCGAGAAGAAGAUCACGCUCAACGGCAUCUACCAGUUCAUCAUGGACCGGUUCCCUUACUACAGGGAGAACAAGCAAGGCUGGCAGAAUUCCAUCCGCCACAAUCUCUCGCUCAACGAGUGUUUCGUCAAGGUGCCGAGGGACGACAAGAAGCCGGGCAAAGGGUCCUACUGGACGCUGGAUCCCGAUUCCUACAACAUGUUUGACAACGGCUCCUACCUGAGACGGAGGCGCCGAUUCAAGAAAAAGGACGUUCUCCGAGAGAAAGACGUUGCGACAGAAGGUGGUGCAGCAACGUCUUCUUCAUCGUCGGCCAGUAAGAAACAGCUGCAGCAACAACAACAACAACAACAGCAUUCGAUGCAGCAGAAUCAGCAUCACCAACAGCAAUUGGAUCAUCAGCAUUACGGGCAACAACAACAACAACACCAACAGAUGAUGGACAUGGAAACGAAGCCUCUGCUGAUGGACGUGGCCGCUGAUUUGCGUUUACAUCAUCACGCGACGUCGUCGCCGUAUUCGUACAACCCGAUCUCGAGCAUGAUUCACUCGCAGUUGUACGCGGCAGCUCAGGCGGCCCAGCAGGCGGCCCACCAAGCCGCAGGCAAUGGGGGCGUGAUGUCGCCCGACCAACUGGUCGGCCGGAAAUUGAAAUGCGAACCGGACGACGAGUCGGAAGAAAUGGAAGAUGGCGGCCGCGGUGACAUGGCCACGAUGGAUCAUCACCAUCACGUCAAAUACGCCAACGUCGUGAUGGAAACGACGGCCGUCGAUUACGGCGUGAAGCAUCACGCGGGAAUCGCUGGCGCCAAGAUGUUUGCAUCAUACGAGCAAUCGGGUCACGGAUGUUCCUCAAUGACAUCGGCCGAAAUGAACCCGACGUCGUCGAUGAACAACGCGUUCACCGUCGAGAGUCUCAUGCAAUUGCAACACCAACAGCAGCAGCAGCAACAACAGCAGCAACAACAACAACAGCAAAAUCAUCACUACGUCAAUCAUUUGCAUCACCACCAUUCUCAUCAUCAUCCGGCGGCGGCCGUUGUGGCCAGCCUCGGCCUCCCUUAUCCGGCAGCCGCAGCGGCUGCUGCUCUCUACGGCCAACAACAACAACAACAACACCAACAACAACAACACGUCACUCAUUACGGGCAUUCUUCAUCAUCGUCAUCCAUGUCUUCGUCAUCUUCCAUGUCGUCGUCUUCGACGUCGCCCUACGCGGCCAAUCAACACCCGUCGAACAACAGCGCAGCGCAUCCGCAGGAUGAAAUGAACAACGCGAGCGAGUCGGGAACAACGGCGGCCGGAUUAGCGGCCGGGCUCAAUCUCCAGCAGCAUCAUCAAUUGUCGGCGGGAUCACCUCCGUCAUGUCUGGCCGAUUAUUCGCCGUCGCCGGCGUCUUCGGCGGCGUCGUCGCGCUCCCUCGGCAGCAACCCGGGCAGUUGGUACUCGCCAACGCCUACGGCUCCUCCUCCCCCUCCUCCUCCGCCGCCGCCGCCGCCGACGUCGGCCCAGCACAUGACGACGUCUCCGACGCUACCGGACGCCUCGCCCAGUUUGCCGGCCGAAUCGAGCAGCAGCCCGUAUUCGAUGCAAGGCCGGGAUUCCGUCGUUUAUCCGACGGUGAGCGUCUCGAGCACAGCGUCUUCAUCGUCGUCUGCUGGUGCUUCUUCUUCGAGCGCGACGCGGCCCUGUGUGGUGCCCGCCGGCGGCCAUCUGCUCUCCGUCGCUCAGUGCCUGCAGCAACAGCAGCAGCGUCAGGCCUCUUCGUCUGGCAGGAAUAGCGGCCCAGCGGCGCAUCACCACCCGUCGCCCUCCAUUCAUCCGUCAUCUCCUUUAAUUCCUUCGGCUUCAGCAGCGGCCACCGUCUUGUCGUCAACGUCGUCGCCGUCGUUGACGUCCUCGGCCGCUGUGGCUGCAGCGGCUGCAGCCGCCGCAUCGUCGUCCAUAUCCAGCCUCAGUUUGAUGACGUCUGCCAUGUUUCGCGCUGGCAAUCACCAUCCGUUCAGCCUCUACCAUCACUCGUCCGAUUGUCAUAAAUAUUAAAUCAUCAUUCGAUUCACAUUGUUUUAUUGGCAAUGGAUGGUAGCGAACCAGGAGUUAAACAUUUUCUUUUAUUCUGGGAAUUGAAUGAUGUUUUCAUCCCCAUAUAAUAUUCUAUACCCAUACGUUAAAUGUGAAAACUCUAUAUACGUAAAAAACUGAUGUUGACCGACGCUGUUUCUUUGCUUGGUAAACAAUUAGUGAUGGAUGGGUCAAUGUCUAGCCUGAUUUUUACAUGGUUGUGGUUGUGUGUGUGUGUGUGUGUGUGUUUUUGAUUUUUUUUUUAAACAUUCGGUUCUCAAUCAUUUUUUUUUUUUUUUUUUACUUGGCGUUCUAUCUUCGUGUUUUCUUUCUCCGGCGCUGACCGAAUCUCGUAACUCCUUAUGUAUAUUUAGCCUCUACAUUUUAGAAUCAUGUAUUAGCCGCUGCGUUGUCUCAAAUAUACUCACUUACAUUGCUGUACAGACACAGGCUGAUGACCUACUAA